UAUUUCCAUCUCUGCGCUUCGAACUCGAAGAUGGUAGCUAACUAGAUACUUCCCUCACUGUCCUAAAUUUUCUCCCAUAUACUUACCCGCCAAAACCUUUCUACAUUUUCGAGUUUCGAGCCCUAAUUUCCAACUUUACCAAUCAAUUUUCCACUCUCAAUCUCCAUUUCUCCUAAAUAAACUUCUCAGUUCUCUGACAACACCUAGGGUUUGGUUUCUACGUUCAGUUCCCCGACCGCAAGAUGCCGUCUCAACCCUCCCCCGGCAAAAUCCACCGGUUGGAGCUUGAGAAUUUCAAAUCCUACAAGGGAUUCCAAACAAUUGGCCCAUUUUACGACUUCACAGCCAUCAUUGGCCCCAAUGGCGCCGGAAAGUCAAACCUCAUGGACGCCAUCAGCUUCGUCCUUGGCGUCCGCACUGGCCAACUCCGUGGCGCGCAGUUGAGAGAUCUUAUUUACGCAUUUGAUGAUCGUGAGAAGGAGCAGAGGGGCAGGAAAGCUUUUGUUAGGAUGGUCUAUCAGUUGGCUAGUGGUACUGAAAUUCAGUUUACCCGCACUAUCACUAGUGCGGGUGGCAGCGAGUACCGGAUUGAUGGAAAGGUGGUCAACUGGGACGAAUACAAUGCCAAAUUGAAGUCCCUUGAUAUUCUUGUUAAAGCACGGAACUUUCUUGUGUUUCAGGGUGAUGUGGAGUCAAUUGCAUCUAAAAAUCCUAGAGAGCUUACAGCUUUGCUUGAGCAAAUAUCUGGGUCUGAGGAAUUCAAGAGAAGAUAUGAGGAAUUAGAAGAGGAAAAAGCUAGAGCUGAAGAAAAGAAGGCACUUGCUUAUCAGAGGAAGAAAACAGUAAAUAUGGAGCGAAAACAGAAGAAGGAACAGAAGGAAGAGGCAGAAAGACAUCUUCGCUUACAAAAGGAGCUGAAAAAAUUGAAGCAAGAGCACUUUCUGUGGCAAUUAUUCAAUAUAGAAAAUGAUAUUACAGAGGCAACUACAGACCUCGAAGCUGAAGAAAGAAGACGAAGGGAAAUUGUUGAUGAACUGGAAAAGUAUGAAAAUGAAGCAAGAGAAAAGAAGAAAGAACUAAGUGGAUACAUGAGAGAAGUUGCAUUGUAUGAGAGGAAGAUUGCAGACAAAAAGAAUAAACUUGACAAGAGUCAACCAGAAGUUGUAAAAAAGAAGGAAGAAGCAUCUCGCAUUAAUUCUAAAAUUAAAAGCACCAGUAAAGAGCUAGAAAAGAGACAGGGAGAAAAGAAAAAGCAUGCUGCCGAGGUUCAGAAACUUGAGAGAGACCUUCUAGAUAUCACUGAGCAACUGAAUGAAUUGCGUAAAAAAAGUCAUGAUGCAGGUGGGAAACUUCAAUUGGCUGACAGUCAGCUGGAGACAUAUCAUCAAAUCAAGGAGGAAGCUGGCAUGAAAACUGCAAAACUAAGGGAUGAAAAGGACAUCUUAGAUAGGAAACAAAAUGCUGAUAUUGAGGCUCAAAAGAAUUUGGUAGAAAAUCUUCAACAGUUGGAAAAUCGGAAGCAAGAGCUGGAGUCUCAGGAGAAACAAAUGCGAAGUAGAUUGAAAAAAAUGAUUGAGGAAGUCAAACAACACAAAGAAGAACUAACACUAGCAAUUAAGGAACAGCGUGAGAUGAGAGAUAAACAUGCAGAUUCCAGACGCAAAUAUGAAAUGUUGAAGGCGAAAAUUGAUGAUGUAGAAAAUCAACUACGUGAGCUGAAGGCUGACCGACAUGAAAGUGAGAGAGAUACGAAAAUUUCUCAAGCAGUUCAUACUUUGAAGCAUCUCUUUCCUGGUGUUCGUGGUCGCAUGAUUGAUCUCUGUAAGCCUAUACAAACGAGGUACAAUCUUGCUUUAACUGUUGCUAUGGGCAGAUUUAUGGAUGCUAUAGUUGUUGAAGAUGAACACACAGGCAAAGAAUGUAUCAAGUAUUUAAAGGAUCAAAAGCUUCCUCCCCAGACAUUUAUUCCGCUUCAAUCUGUACGUGUAAAACCAGUAAUGGAGAGGCUACGUGCAUUAAAUGGAACUGCUAAACUGGUGUUUGAUGUAAUCCAAUUUGAUCCAACAUUGGAGAGGGCAAUAGUAUUUGCCGUUGGUAAUACCUUAGUUUGUGAUACGCUUGAUGAGGCCAAGCGUCUUAGCUGGAGUGGAGAUAGACAUAAGGUUGUGACUAUUGAUGGGAUUUUGUUGACAAAAUCGGGUACAAUGACGGGUGGUACAAGCUCUAGUAUUGAAGUACGCUCUCAUAAAUGGGAUGACAAAAAAGUUGAUGGACUGAAGAAGAAAAAGGAAGCACUUGAAUCGCAGUUGGAGGAUCUUGGUUCAAUUAGAGAGAUGAAUCUCAAGGAGUCAGAACUAUCUGGCAAAAUCACGGGGCUUGAAAGGAAAAUUCACUAUACAGAAAUUGAACAGAAAAGUAUUGCUGAUAAACUUACAAACUUGAAUCGUGAAAGGGAAACCAUUGAAAAUGAGAUUGAUCGCAUGAAGCCUGAACUUAAAAAGUUGGAAAAUGCCAUCAGUGAAAGGAGUAAAGAGAUCCUGUCUCGAGAGAAGAGGAUCAAUGACAUUGUUGAUCGCAUCUAUAAGAGAUUCAGUGAGUCUGUUGGGGUGAAAAAUAUUCGUGAGUAUGAAGAAAACCAGCUCAAAGCUGUAGAGCAGAUGGCUGAAGAAAGGCUUAGCCUGCACAAUCAGCAAUCAAAGAUUAAAUAUCAAUUGGAGUAUGAGCAGAAGCGGGACAUGGAUUCAAGGAUUACCAAAUUGGGGGCAACACUUAUCAAGUUAAAGAAUGAUUUGUCAGAGGUUGAGGAGAGUGAGAAGGAACUGAAAUCAACAAUAGAAACGGCAAGUAAGGAAAUUAAGCAUUUCAAAGAAGAAGUAACAGCGUGGAAAUCCAAAUCAGAAGAUUGUGAAAAGGAAAUACAGGAAUGGCAGAAAGAGAUAUCCGCUGCAACAACAACCAUUGGCAAAGUUAAUCGUACAAUAAAAUCAGAGGAGGCACAGAUAGAACAGUUGAAUUCAAGGAAGCAAGAGAUAUUGGAGAAGUGUGAAUUAGAGCAUAUUAGCAUUCCGACUAUCUCUGAUCCAAUGGAUACAGAUGAGACAACUCCUGGUCCUGUUUUUGAUUUCAGUGGACUCAGUAGAGCAAAUAAGGAGAAAAAGAAUAGAGGGAAACUCGAAGAAGAAUUUUCUCAGAAAAUAUCUACACUGAUGUCAGAUAUUGAAAGAACUGCUCCGAAUCUGAAGGCCCUUGAUCAAUAUGAGGCUCUGCGGCAGAAAGAAGAUGCUGUUACUAAGGAAUUUGAAGAGGCAAAGAAUGAAGAGAAGAAGGUAACUGAUGAGUACAACAGAGUGAAGGAGACAAGGUAUGAAUUGUUUAUGAAGGCUUUCAAUCAUAUAUCUGGCAAUAUAGACAAAAUUUACAAACAACUCACAAAGAGCAGCACACACCCCCUUGGUGGCACAGCAUAUCUCAACUUGGAUAAUGAAGAUGAACCAUACUUACAUGGCAUUAAGUACACUGCAAUGCCACCAACAAAGCGUUAUCGUGAAAUGGAACAUCUAUCUGGUGGAGAGAAAACUGUAGCUGCACUUGCAUUGCUCUUUGCUAUCCACAGUUUUAGGCCUUCACCAUUCUUCAUAUUGGAUGAAGUGGAUGCUGCAUUGGAUAAUUUAAAUGUUGCCAAGGUUGCGGGAUUUAUUAGAUCAAAAUCAUGUGAGGGAGCCCGGCUUAAUGUGGACACCGAUGAAGGGUGUGGGUUUCAAAGUAUUGUGAUAUCUCUCAAGGAUAGCUUUUAUGACAAAGCUGAAGCUCUGGUCGGUGUGUAUAGAGAUUCUGAUAGAAGUUGCUCAAGGACGCUGACAUUCGAUUUGACCAAGUACCGUGAAUCAUGACCAGUUCUGACUGCUGUAACUCGAAAUUUCAACGUCAGAGCCAUGCUUGGUAUGGUGUAUAUACUACAAGGAGAAGUAGGAAUAGAGGUCAGUAGUAGUAGUAAUAGUAAUAUCUGAACGUGCUAAAUUUAAUGUCAGUAGUGUACCAAAUUAAGUACUUGUUUAUUGUGUUUGGGCGUGAUACUAAAUAUUUGGUUCAUCUCAGAAGGAUAUUGUAUUAUUAAUAUAUAAUGGGAGGAUUUGGAU